AUGCUUUCAGAGAAACGUUCAACUCCUCCCGUUCCCCCUCAACACUAUAAAUCCAUGAUGCUUCUCCCUCGUACCGUCCAACCGCUCUAUCAGGAGGAUUACAUGGAAGCUGGAGCGAGAGCGUCGCACAGUCAAGAUGGCUGGCGGACGCCCACCAUCGAAGAUCUAGAACAUCCUGCCAAUCGGUCCAAGGUGCAGGCAUACGUGGAGUAUGAAUAUCCUUCAAGCAGACGAAACGAAGGGUCGCAAAGACCGAUAAUGCCUCAACCGGAUCAGCAAGAUGAAAAGGGACCGAAUCUCGACGAAGACACAUUCGACGACAAACCGAAGCAUUUGACUUGGAAACAGAGGAUGAAGCACGUCACAUGGGCUUGGUUCACUCUUACCAUGGCGACAGGAGGAAUCGCCAAUGUCAUUCAUACCGUCCCCUACCGCUUCGACGGCCUGCGUAUCAUCGGCAUCAUUUUCUUCCUCAUGAACAUCCUCUUCUAUCUCAUCAUCUGGGCCAUGCUGAUCACCCGCUUCACUCUGUACCCCUGGACGUUCCGCGCCAGCUUCACCCACCCCACCGAAUCACUAUUCGUCCCCGCCUUCGCCGUCUCCUUCGGCACCAUCCUCAUCAACAUCGUCGAAUACGGAUUUGGGCGGGUCGGCGCCUGGCUGAACCGCGCCGUGCUGAUUCUGUUCUGGUUCGACGCCGCUCUAGCCGUUAUUCUGAGCAUCAUCAUCUACUUGAUCCUGUGGUCCACACAAUCUUUCACCAUCGCGCGUAUGACCCCCAUCUGGAUCUUUCCCGCUUAUCCGCUCCUGAUUAUCGGCCCGCACGCAGCAAACCUUUCCUCACAAGUCCUGACCUCUAACCAAGCAAUCCGCGUGCUUGUCGGUGGCUUUACCAUACAGGGCAUCGGCUUCCUGGUCUCCUUGACCAUCUACUCCGCCUUCGUCUACCGGCUGAUGACGCAGAAGUUGCCCGCCGAACCGUUGAGGCCCGGCAUGUUCGUCUCCGUGGGUCCCUCCGCCUUCACUGUCUCCGGCACCGUAGGCAUGGCCCGCAACUUGCAGCGGGUCAUCGCCUGGGCUCCCACCGCCACGUUCAUGGAUGUCCCCGGCGUACUUGCCACACAGAUCUUGCGACUCGUUGCCAACUGGAUGUCCCUCUGGCUGUGGGGGUUGGCAUGGUGGUUCUUUUUUGUCUCUUUGCUGUCGAAUAUCGACUGCCUGCGCGAAAACCAUCAUAUGCCGUUCGCCAUGACGUGGUUCAGCUUCAUUUUCCCGCAGACAGCAUUGACGACGGCAACGUUCGCGAUCGCAGAGGCCUUUGACGUCGACGCCAUACGCAUUAUCGGCUGUGUCAUGACCUGCUUGCUGGUGUUGGUGUGGUUUCUUGUCGUGGGAUUCAUGAUCAGAGCGGUGAUUACGAAGCAGAUUCUCUGGCCGGAAAAGGGGGAGGAUAAGACGGAAGGCGGGUUCAAGGCUAGAACGGAAGAUCAGAUUUCCAUCCAUUCGAGACAUUCUCAUCAUGCUACGACUACUACGAAUCGCGCUACUGCUAGCCACGGCCACGGCGAAGGUCAUGUUGAUGCAGCAGCGAGGAAUGUCUGA